AUGAAUGCUCAAUUUCACAGAGAACAAGGAGGAAUAUCGGUUGAUUAUCAACGAGUUGGGAGCUCAAGUAAUGCAACAGAAUCAACGUAUCAUUCAAUAAUCAGUCCGCGUGUUACUGAUGUUAAACGUACGCGUCCGUUUUCUGGAGGUGAUGGUGUUACGACGCGACAUCUUCGAAGUAUUCAAACAGGUGGUGGCAGUUUUCGUCAGGGUCUUGGUGCUUUGGUAAAUAGUCCUGGUAUACCAAUGCAUAGCGCCGGCAACUCAAACACUUUUCUGAUCGUUUACAAUGAUUUACGUGUACGGGAUAAACAUGACCUUGUAAAAUUAAACGAUAAAUUUGCUCAAUAUGUUGAGUCAGUACGAUUUUUAGAAGCACAAAAUCGUAAAUUAAUGUAUGAAAUCGACGCUAUUGGAAGUCGUAGCGGACAAGGAACUUCGCGUAUUGAAGGUAUGUACCGAACUGAAAUGGAUACAGCAAAAAAAUUAGUUGGUGAGACGAGAAAUGACUUUGCUGGAGUCAAUGCUAAAGCAAAAACAGCUGAAGAUGAAUGCAACAAACAAAAAGAACGAUACAACCAGGUUAUGAAUUUAAGAGCAACUGAUCGUAAAGCAAUGGAAGAUCUUGAACGACGAAUGGCCGAAAAUGAAGCUCAAAUAAAUUUAUUUCGUCGUCGUAUUGCCGACCUUGAAGAUGAAGAUCGUCGAUAUAAAGCUGAAGCUCGUCGUCUACAAAAUGAAAUGUCAAAACUUCAACAGGAUCUUGGCAAUGAAAGAGUUAUGAAAGCAGCACAUGAUUCAGACAAAAUGGCUCUUGAAGAGGAAGUGGCUAGACUUAAACGUGAAUAUGAAAUCGAACUUACUGAACUGCGUUCUCGAUAUCAAACCGCUGAUCUUGAUAUAUCACAAUUUCUCGAUAAAGAUUUAGUAAACCAACUAAGACAAAUUCGUAAUGACUUCGAAAACGAAUCUAAUCAUCAACGUGAAUCCAUUCAGAGUAGUUAUUCACUUACAGUUAAUGAAUUAGUUCGUCAAAUACCAUCCGAUUCUAAUGCACCUAACAAUCAACAACAACUUCGACAAGUCGAAACUUAUCGAGCCGAUUUAACAGACAUAAAAAAUAAACGAAGUCAUAUGCAAGCUCAAAAUGAACAACUUAAAAAUCGAGUAGACGAUCUAACUUUAAAAAUCAAAAGUUUAAAGGAAAGUGGCAGCUAUUCGAUAGCUAGAGCCGACAAAGAAAUUGCAGAAGCGAAGGCUCGUUUAGCAAAAGCUACCAGUGACUUUGACUCAUUAGCAAGCUUGAAAGUAACCUUAGAACAAGAAAUUUGUAAAUAUAGAGAUUUACUUGAAAGUCAAAAUGGUCUUCGUCCAUGUGUCGAUCGAAUUAUAGCAGGUGCACAUCACCCAUCUAUGGGUCGAUCUGUUACUGGUAAUAGUACAUCGACAACUGUUAUACGUAGAGUAACUGAAUCUACUGGUAGUAAUGGCCGAGUACGAUUUAGUACAGAUUCAUAA